AUGGCGAUGAUCAACGAACGAGAUCGAAGGGACGAGACAACUGAUAAGUUAUCAAUAUACCGACAUCAGGCGAGUGCUGUUGCCCGUAAGAAGAACAUCACUGCACAGAAAUUACACGAACUCAGAGGUGAAUUGCAACAGCUCGAGAGUAUGGUUGAAUUGAAGAAGAACGAAUUGAAAGAUAAGUCUGGUGGUAGUGAUGUUAUUUCAUCUGUGCAGUUCAAAAACUAUGUGAAUAAAUUACGAAGCAAGACGACAUCGUAUAAGAAGAAACGUGCUGAAAUCGACGAUUUGAAAGGAGAGAAUACGAUUCUGGCGAGGACACAAGACAUAUUGAAAGUGAAAUGGAACUCGUUGAAGGAACGCAUUGAAACGAGUGGUUGUACGAUAACUGAACUGAAUACGGCUUCGAAUCAGUACGAAAGACCGAAAACUGCAAAGCCAUCGAGUGAAAAUGUGGACGAAUUGAAGCGAAUGAUCAAAGAACUGAGUGAUCGAAUCGAUGAGAAGAAAAACGUCAAUACCGAGCUAAAUGAUAGUUGCAGUCAAUUGAAUAGUGAAUUCCUGGAACUGAACGAUAAAUACAGUGCUAAACGACGAACUUAUGAAAGUAUGGCUGCGACUCUCGAAAAUGAGUUCUCUCGCUUGCAAGAGGAUGUGAAAUCGAUGGAACAACAGUUAUCGACGGUGAACUGGAAAGUGUUUCGUUCAGAAAUCGAACUGGAAAUUCAGAAUGCCAUUAUUGAGAGACUGAAUGAUGAGCAAAACGGUGAUCAACCAAAACUGGCUGAGCUUAUCGAGAAUGAGAUCAGUCGUGCGAAUAUGGAAACAGAGAAUUUGAAUCGGCAAAAUUCGUCGAGUCUUCCGACUGGACGAUCCUACGAGGAGGCAGCCGAGCAAGUAUUGUCCGCAGACACACCAAUCGGCGAUUCGAAUCCGACAUCUGCAAAUCGACCCGGCACUGCACGUCGUCCAGUUUCUCGUGCAAACAUGCAUCGAACAUAA